GGUAUUUAAAUGGUUUCCAAGGCACGGAACACAAACUUUCUUUAAUGGACACUGAAUAUUUCAUGCGUUUCUUUGCAAGAAAACGAUAGUAUUUGAAACGAAAAUGCUUCUAGGUACUGUACAAAUUACCRGAGAGAGUCUAGGGGAACCAGAAGUCAGAAAUAUUUGCGAUUCCCUUCGCGAUAAUAGCAUUCGACUCCUGUCUCUUCGAGGUUGUUCUGUACAAGACGAGGACUUCAAAAGACUCGCCGAUAGCGUCAAAGAAAACGAAUCGCUGGUACAACUGAACCUAAAUCUUGGUAUCUGUAAUGGCAAGCAGCGUAUCAGAUGGCUGGCCGAGGCGCUGACGGGGAAUAAGUCGCUGAAUGCCUUAUUUUUGCACGGAACAAACCUUGGGGAUCAUGGCAUAGAAAUGUUGCUUCCCUCUCUCCGUUCUCACCCCAACCUACAAUCCCUAGAUCUUGGUGACUGUCAGAUAGGUGAUGAUGGAAUACAGCACAUCUGUUCGAUCUUAGUACCCAGAGAAGAUAAAGAAAAUAUCCAAGACCUGACACUAUCUGCAAACCACAAAAUCACAGCCUAUGGCUGAACACAACUUGCAAUGGCUGUCGCAGCUAACUCCAAAAUCAGAGGGCUUUAUCUUGAUUAUAACAAUAUUGGUGAUUAUGGUGCUGGGAUUUUUUCAGUUGCUAUGGCAGCAAACAAAUAUAUUGAGAGACUUGAUCUUGAAGGGACUGGAAUUACUGACAAAGGUGCCAGACUCUUGGCGAGUAGUCUGGGCAAGUAUUGUAAAAGGCUGCAAGAGCUUGUGCUUGCCGAAAACCCCAUCAGUACAGAUUGGUUGGAGCAAAUAAGUGAUUCAUUAAUUGUUUUGGCCACAGAAAAUGGCAACAGUACUGAUCAUAACAAUAGUGAUGUUGCUUCUCAUAAGUCCAGCCCAAAAGCAAAUAUGAGUGGUCAUAAUUAAGAAAUUUUGUUUUUGUACGAAAGUGAAUAAAUUAGAGGACUAUUUUCAUGAAUUCUUUCCAAAGGUUUUAUAAGUAAAAAUGCAUGAUUUCGGAUUGUGAAAGACAAUGUAAGGUAAAGGUAAAACAUAUCCUACAAUAAGGACACUCAAACUAUUAAUACUUUUACUGAACUUUCUACUGUUUCAAACCCUUCUAAAUAAAGAAUUGAGUUUAAAAUAACCAAGUGAUCAAAAUCAAUGUCAUUUUCAAGUGAUUGACUCAAGAGAUGCAUUAUAAAAAGGGGGAGGGAUCUCAAAGUGUUCACAAUUUUAGUGUCUACACUGUAAGCCAGCAAUAGCCGUUUGCUGCUGUAACAUUCAGGGAAGCCUGCAUGCAAACAUUCCACUCUCUUACAAAAGCACAAAACCAAGUAACAAAAAAUAUAUGCUUUCUUGUGACUAGUAAAGUAAGAGCCAUAAAUAUCCCAUUAACACGUAAAUGUACAACUUACAAUAAUUUUGAUGAAAUAAACUUUUAUCGCAAUCA